GCACGAGGUUGUUUGUUUAGCCGUGUCUAGAAUCAUCAUUUUCUGUAAUCUUGUAAUAGGAAGGGUUAUAGGGUACUAUAAUAAGGUUCAAAUAUAGUAUGCAUUGUAACAAAAGGUCUCUGCGCCACCUGACUCCAGAUAGUAUCCCAAUUCAUGUCGUAAAUAGCUGAUAAUUUGGGUACUCCGGAGUAUGGAUUACUGGCGUAGCGGGAUGUUGCUCCAGUAUCAAGACAGGCCACAGAGACUGAUGUUCAGAGCCCGGAUGUUCCGAGGCGACUGUAACUAAGCAACGCGAGAAUCCCAACAAGGGUAUCAAACGCGCCAUCUAUUAGUGUGAAAUCGAUACUGGGAAGAACAGGGGUACCGGUAUGUCCAUCCUAAUAAGUUGUGAUGAUCAUUGGUCCGCAGAUAAGCCGUCAAGUCAAACCAAGCCCACACUCAUAGUGGUUCGCGCACUACGGAGUAGACUAGCGGUGGAAUGAUAAUCAGGCCCACCGGGUGCGGCACAAGAAGUCAACCGAACCUUGCUGUUUUAAGCAAGUCCAGUCAGUCGAGAUUUGACGAGACUGCACUAUGUUACACUAAAGUUGCAGUCACUGUGGAUUGCGAUGACCAAUGUAGCCUCCGGAGUGAGCUCCGUACCCUAAGCUGUGACAAUGGAUGGUAGGUCCGACGUAGUAGUAGGUAGUACCCACGUAGUAUGAGCAAGGAGGGGAGGCCUCUAUUUGAACACAGACGGAGGAACGAAGAGUACAUGCCUAUAGGCUAGUGCAAGUGCAAGUGGUAAGGAGGGAGUGGGUUCGAAAGUCUGUACCGGAGUCAACUAAGAAAUAAGCUGGUGUGAGUUUUGACGAGUUAGAUGAUCAUCAGUAGCCGCUAACCACCGCUAAAUCAGGACCUAGUAGGAAGCGUGCCUGAGGCGGCGCAGAACAGGUGAUUAUCCGUUUUCCCGACGUAGUGUGUGGACGUGGAAGAGCAAAGUACGCAGUCG